AAGGAUGGGAUGGAGAGGGUGAAGUUCACAAUCCAUUCACUCUUUGCUUGCUCUGCUCUGCUCUGCUGGGAGUUUUCUAAGAAUGCAGGGGGACUGUUUCUGUGUGCUCUUGAGGUUACAGAGCUAUAGGUUCGUCUGCCUAAUUUUCUUGAGCUCGGCUGUUGUGUUUUAUGUGUACCUACGCAAAGGCACACAAGUCAGAGAUGAAAGGGAACGGGAGAUCUCCUCAGCACCAGAACGGACGACUACAACAGUGGAAGCUGAGCUGCCGUUGAAGCUUUUGUCUGAGGAAAAAUAUAAGUCCCUGUUCCGAUUUGAUGGAAUCUGGCUUGGACCCAAAAAGAGUUAAUGAAUAUUCUAACAAACAAAGGACCAAUGACAGUCCUAUCAGUUAGUUGGCUAUAUCGCUAGAGAUCAAAUUACCCUCUGUCACAAGAAACGACGAGAAAGAGGUGUUGAAGAGUAUCAGAGAAGAUAUCCCGCCUUGAAAAAAGACGCAGUUAUUGCUGCACCAAACACACCUUUAAGCUACCCCAUUUAUGGCGCUGAGGUGAUGCCGUUGCACACCAUAGUAAUUCCAGGGCUUGGUUUCCACGGAGAAAGGACAGAAAAACUCCAGGUGAUUCUACGAGCCUCCUUUGGUACUUUGAACAUGCUCGCUGAUAUAUCAAAAGACGUGGUGCAAGGACAAGGGGGAAAAGAGCUAACCAUCUCCACCUCCAGUGUGAAGCUACUAAAUCACAUACUGGAACAUGUCACAUACACCAGCACUGUAUUUCUAGUCAAUGCUGUAGACAUGGUGAGCUUUGAAAUGGGGUCAUACUGUGUUAAGUUUCCUGUGACCAUCCGACUGCUUCCUCUUCCCAUUCUCUUUGACCCAGGACCAGAUAACAGCAUCCGGAAUCUUGUGACCGUAACCACCAAGACUUUCUUGCGGUACCACAAGCUGCGGAUCCUCCUUAAAAGCCUAAGACAGUUUUACCCGGACGUCAAGGUGAUUGUGGCAGAUGACAGCGAGCAUCCAGAGAAGAUCGAAGAGCCGAAUGUCGAGCAGUACAUCAUGCCCUUUGGAAAGGGUUGGUUUGCAGGGAGGAACCUCGCUAUAUCUCAGGUGACAACCAAAUACUACCUCUGGGUGGACGAUGAUUUCCUGUUCACUGAAAACACCAAGCUUGAGAAACUGGUCAACGUAUUGGAGAACACCAAUUUGGACAUGGUUGGAGGCAGUGUGAAUGGGAAUGACUUCAAGUUUAAGAUUUUCUAUGAGGAAGGAGAAGACGGCAGCUGUCUACAUAUCAGAAAUGGUUACUAUCAUCCCUUGGAAGGCUUUCCCAACUGCGUGGUCACCAGCGGAGUGGUCAACUUCUUCCUUGCCCGUACAGAGGAAAGCAGGCGUGUUGGUUUUGACCCAAAGCUGCAGAGGGUGGCCCACUCAGAGUUUUUUAUGGAUGGACUAGGAAACCUACAGAUUGGUUCCUGCAAUGAUGUUACUAUAGCUCAUCAGAGCCGGGACCCUGCCUCUGACCCUCAGUUGGCUGCUGUGGAGGAGAAUUACAGCAAAUUCCGAAUCAAUACGCAGGAACAGAUCCGGUUUAAAUUGUCUCUACACUACUUUAAAAACAGGUUAAAAUGCUUCACGAAGGCAUGAUAAGCACCAUGCAGCUCAGUUGCUCCUGAGUCUGUAGAGGUAAUGUGGGUCAAUGGGUCAAGAUGACAGGUCCAGUGAAUCUUCGCUAAUUUAGAUGUUGGGGGUCUGCAUAAGAACAUGGGCUGAGAAAUCUCUUUGGCUCUUGGCAGUGGGGCUCAUGGCGGAAAACCUUGCAGUGACUUUACGCCCUUAACUGGAGUUCGUAAAAUUAACCCAAUUAGGAAGGGGAAAACAGGAGAAGGCGACACCCAAGCCCAGAAGCAAAUUGAAGACCAACAACAUUUCUAGGUUAGGAGAAGAGGAGUUUGGAUUUAUAUCCCCACUUUCUCUCCUGUAAGGAGACUCAA